GUGGCGGCGGCAUCUCGCCUGGGCGAGGCUCGCUAUUGCAUCAGAUGGCCGCAGCCACGGGCGCUCUGGCAAGGAGACGGCCCCGCCUGCGUAUAUAAGGGCGGGCGAGCCGAUGAGCCAGCACACAGCGUCCCAGCGAGUACUGGAGUUCACACACCAGCAGCGCUUCAGCUAACACCCGCCGACAUGAAGGUUCUGAUCGUCCUGUGCGCCGUGGCGUCCAUGGCCUUCGCCAGGCCCGGCCUGAUCGGUCUCGCCGGCCUGCACGGCAUCACCGCCCUGGGCGUGCCGGGCUCCAUCAGCAUCGCGACUGCGCCCGCGGCCGCCCCCGCCGCGCCGCCCCAGCCCGUGCAGGAGACGCCC